AUGGCUGCUGUGGCAUCUGGACUCCCGAAGGUACAGCAAGAACCGUCCGAGGCUCUCCGGAUCGUGGUUGACAACAACGGGGCCGUUAACGUACCCAAAGAUGAGCCGAGAGUGUCCUCGUCCGAGUGUGUAGUCUCUAUGGAAAAGCAGCUCGAGCAACAUCGCCAGGACGACAGGGAGGCCUCAUGGGCAAAGCUCUCCAUUUACCGGAUCCCAGACUAUCUCAAGAACGGCAACAAGAAGGCCUAUGUCCCCCAUAUCGUCUCCCUGGGGCCGUACCACCACGGCAAGGACCACCUCCCCAAUAUGGACCAGCACAAGUGGCGUUGCCUCCGCCGCAUCCUCGAGCGCUCCCAUCACAAGAUAGGCCUCUAUAUAGACUCCGUGAAGAAGGUUGAGCAGAGAGCUCGCUCCUGCUACGAUGGAAAGAUAUCCAUGAGCAGCGGAGUCGCCGAGGGGUUCGAGAAACUAGGCUACCCAAGCAAUGACCCCGUCUUCUCAAAGUGGGGAUCAAUGCUCAAGAUCCAGAUCCAGCGCGACAUGAUUUUGCUCGAGAAUCAGAUCCCGCUCUUCAUACUCGCCCGGCUACUCGGUCUCCAGCUGGGCAACCCCAAUCAGGAGGGGCGCGUGGGCAGGCUGGUGCUCAAGUUCUUCAACCCUAUUGGCAGCGAACGGGUGGAGUUUGAUGCAUCACCCGGCCAGUGCGGGCUCCAUUGCCUCGAAGUGCUCUGGCAGAGCUUCCUGCCCUCGGGCCUGACUCGAGCAAGGACCACGGAGUGGCAGCUAUACCAGCACGAGCUCAUUCCGUGUCUGACCGAGCUCAUGGAAGCCGGGAUCAAGUUCAGGUGCGUAUUUACGAAAAAAUUGGGGGACAUCCGGUUCAAUAUCAAGUACGGGACUCUCGAGAUCCCCUACAUUAAUAUCCACCAAGGGACGAGGUCGAUCUUUCUCAACUUGAUAGCCUUCGAGCAGUCUCACUUCGAUUGCAGGGAGUACAUCACCUCGUACGUAAUGUUCAUGCACAACUUGAUCAACUCCUCUGAGGACGUUCGGUACCUUUGCAAGCACGGGAUCAUUGAACACUGCCUUGGGAGCGAUGCCGAGGUCGCUGACCUCUUCAACCUGCUUUGCCAGGAGAUGGCCCUCGACAGCAAAGACAGUAAUCUCCAUAAUGUGUCUAUCAUGGUGAACGAUUACCGCAAAUGGAAACACUUUUCUUUACGUACAUCCUGGAGAGCCAGUAUGGCGCAAAAAUGGAAUGCCUGGAGAGCCAUUCUCGAGAACAAGCCCUCUAUGCAGUCUAUGGCUACUACAAGCCGCGUUCUUGAUUUCUUAUAUGGUGAAAAUUAUUUGAUGAGCACUUUAGGAGUGAUAAAAUUUCGGUGGAAAGAAUAUGUGAUGGUGGUCAAACUCAGACCGCAUGAACUACGACUUCCAAGUUCAAUAUGGCAAUACUCAUGA